AUGGUUCUGUUCAAGAGAAAACCCAUCCGCUUCCUGGCGCAUCCUCAGAUCAGGGACCAAGAGUGUGAUGUCUGGGUCAUAUCCGAGUCCAACGAGAUCUUCACGUCCUACGAUGCAUAUCUGGAACGUAUGGACUUCUUCAAGUCCAAAAGAUUUACAUGCGAAGUCUCUGGUCGUUCCGGUCUGAGUUUUUUCGAUGCGCUCAGAAGUGAACAGGCUGGAUCGAGAGAGAUUGACGAAGCCUUUCCCCAGGCUUUACGAGAACCUGUCUUGCGCCGAGUCCAGUUCUCCACCACCUCCCGCAUCGACAACCUGGUGGAAGAGGUCUACAAUGAAUUCAAAAGCGACUUCUACCCUGGAGAGCUGGUUACCAUAUUUCUAGAGGAUGGUACCAAAUUCAAUGGCCGAGUCAGAGACAAGGCACGCUUCGCAGAGAUCAGAAGUCCUGGUGGAACCAUGGUCAGAGAUGCUUUCUCCAGAUAUUUUGUCAGACUGGUUGAUCGUAACCGCGAAGAAGCAUUGGUAGACGACAACCACAUCUACAGAGAUCGUAAAGUCUUCACCAAGCAAAUGCUCCGCUCCUUCAUCAAAAAUACCGUAUCUCGUGAGGGUUGGAACGGCGCACCUUGGAUUGUCAAACCUGAGAUCGCAGAGCGCUUCAGAAUUGACACUACGGUCCCACCACACCUAUUACACAGCCGUAAGACUGCUGCGAAGAAGGCAGACAAGAAAAAUCAAGCAAGCAAUGAAGAACCAGAGCAGGAUGGUAUGUUCGGCACCUGGCAUUCUCAUAGACUCCCGGAACUUCAGCCUGCGCCCAAAGGGAAAAAGGGCCAAUCCCACGCAUCCCAACACCUUGCCGUUCAACAACACAAAGGCUACUAUGAUCAAUACCACGGAGCAGUCCAGGCAGACCACGCAUACCAUCCUCAACCGUGGGGUCAUAUGCAUCCACCACCACAACGACCUCCGCCACCUCAUUACGAUCCAUACUAUGGCUUCCUACCUCAAGCAAUGCCACCACCGAAUGGCCAUUAUUAUCCUCCUCAUCCCCCUCCACCGCAACAUAUUCCUCAGAAGUAUAUUCCGCAGCCUCCUCCACCGCCCCCACCAAUUAAAUACCCCAUUGAUGAUAUGGAUGUUGAACCUGUACGUGAUGGAACGCACCGACCUAAUUUGAAGUUCAUCAGCAAGAACCAGUGCAAGGGAGACACCUCUGCCGCUUAUGUGGUACCAGGUUUGAAGGAGCAGACAGUUGGUCUUCUUCUUGAAACAUGGAAUACUUUGAAUGUCUACUGUCAAGUCAUCAAACUCGAUUCAUUCACCUUUGACGACUUUGUUGAGGCAAUGCAAUUCUCAUCUGUUGACGGUGACUGUGAGCUCUUCGUCGAAAGUCACUGUGCUAUCCUCAAACAACUGGUCAAUGCAACAAAUGAUGAUGAAGGCGCUGUCCAGAUAUCUUUACCUGACCUUCCAGAUUCGGACGACGAAGACGAGGAAUCUGAAGAAGAAGAAAGCAAGCCGCCGACACCAACUCCGGAGCCAGAAUAUCCUGCGAAGAGAACUCGAAGCAGCCUCAACAAGGUGCAAUUUGCCGAGCCACCUCCACCACCAGAGGAGGAGGAAGACGAAGAUGCAGUUACUCACCGAGCAGCUGAGAUGUUUGACGAAUAUGGUUGGAUCGAACGAUUGCAAAAGCGAGACUUUAAAAAUGGAGGCUGGGAGCUGAUCAUGGUUGGCUUACUUCAUCAAGUCGCUGGACGACCCCGACUCACCAAUGUCUGCAACGAGAUUCUUACACAUCUGGCCCCACUCGAUGCGGAUGCCAACAUUGAGACUGCUCGAAUACAGUACUCAACAAUGGAUAUCAAUUUGCGGACUCAAGCUCUUGAAGUGAUCUGCCAGCUCUUCUUGGAGACUAAGACAGUCAAGAAUUUCCUAGAGGAGAUGAGUAACACAAUGACCAAUUAUCGCAAGCUCAAAAUUGAGCACCAGCGUGCACGUAAAGAAGCAUUAUCGAGACUGAAAGAACUACAAGUCGAACGAAGAUUGCUAGCACCAGAACCGGAAAAAUCCCCGUCUCCAAUCCCAGAACUGGAGUCGGCAAUUGAGGCCGAAAAGACAGAGCCCGAAGAUGGUGACGUCUCAAUUCCUGAUUCUGAAGAUGAGCCACCCAUGACCACGAGAUCCUUACGUCGUGGCAACGAUCGAGCAGCGGAGCGUAAGAGGAAGCGUGAAGAAGAACAGGAACGCAAAGAAAAGGCGGCCGAAGCAAAGCAGAACAAAGGAAGCAAAGAGUAUCAGAAAGUUCUGAAGCAGAUCGAAAAGCAGCGAGAAAUCAUUGCAGAACAUGAGGACCAGAUUUUGGUUGUUGAUGGAGACCUGCGUGAAGCAGACUGCCCCAGAACCCGUUCGCUGGGAAAGGACCGAUUCUGCAAUCGCUAUUGGUGGUUUGAAAGAAAUGCUAUGCCAUAUGGAGGCCUGCCGGACAGCUCGACUGCUGAUGCGGGCUACGCUAAUGGCCGAAUCUGGGUUCAAGGACCUGACGAUAUGGAGUACAAAGGAUUCAUUGAUGUCAAUGCUGACGAAAAGUCUGCUUAUUAUCGAAGAUUUCAAAUGAGCCCAGCCGAGCGCAAGAAAAUGGAGGAGGGCUCAACAAGCUUGCGGAAUGCACAAGAGUGGGCUUUCUUCGAAACAGCCGAGGAACUCGACAUGCUGAUCGGCUGGCUUGACUCUCGUGGCAAUCGGGAACUGAAGCUUAAAAAGGAGCUCAAUCUUCAUCGAGAUAUUAUCAUCAAGCAUAUGGAAAAGCGAGCAGCGUAUCUCUUGCCUCGGGAGAAGGAGGAAGAGGAAGAGCCCCCGACGAGGAUGUCGACAAGGACAAAGACAUAUGCAAGCGACAAGUCUCUUCGAUGUCUUCAGUGGCAAAAUACGACGGCAUUGGGAGAGCUGGGACACCGCCAUAUCGACCCACCACCAAAGCCCCGAGCACGAGGGAAGAAGAACGUGACCAACGACGAAACCACAUCGACACGAAAUGGAACCGGGUCUGUCCUGAAUCGGCAGGGAAAACCAGUCACAAGACAGGGGACACGGUAUGCAUUUUAG